UAGAAAGGGUGUCCAAUAUAAUUAACAGUAUAUUACAGUACAGAACAGUACAAUGUAGUAUAAUAUACAGUACAAAUGCCUAAAAAUUACAAUACGUAUAAUCUGACAUAGAUGGCUGACCCAUAGGCUUAAUGUUAGGCUUUUUACUUGCAUAAUCACCAAUAGUUUCAGAAUUGCAGAAUUAUACAGACAGGCUGUAACAUAAUAAAUUAUUUGGACUGUAUUGUUGUUACUGUUUAUAUUUUCAUAUUGCAGAUCACCAUCAUGAGGAGAUCUCGGAUGUAUAUCAUCAACUUAAUUUUUCCAGUAUUCUGUGUCCUUGUGCUAGAUGUAGCCUCCUUCUUCAUAAAGGCAUCUGUAGCAGACAAGCUGAGCUUUAAAGUGACUUUACUGCUGUCCAUUUCUGUGUUACUGCUGAUUCUUCAUGACAAGCUGCCAUCUACCUCCAGUAAAAUCCCACUGAUUGGGAUUUACUGCGGUGGGAUUUUCACACUUAUUGGCAUAAGCAUUCUGGAAACCAUCUUUGUGAAUUUUCUGAUUUCUAAAGGAGAAGAAACAAAAUCAGAAGCACCAGCGGAAACCAAAUAUGAUGCUACUGGUCAUGAUGAUGGCGUAGACACGUUUCCCAUGAGAAUUCAAGAGCCGACAUGUACGGUCAACACUCAGAAGAAGGCAUCACUAUACUGGAACAGAGCGGCAAAAAUCAUAGAUGAGACCUUUAUUGUUCUAUACAUAAUCACUGUUAUUGUGUUUCUGUCUGUUCUUGGCAAGAAUUGGUUUCAUUUCGAAUAACCUCUUAUGAAACCUUUUAGUGUAUGUGGCUCCCCAGUGUUUGUUAAAUUCUAUUCACGUCCCUUUAAAUUGGACAUUCAUGAAAAUCUGACUUUUUUUCAUGUUUUAGUGCUAUAACUAGGUCCCCAGUGCUUCUAUCAACAUAGAAAAAUUUGAAUCAUGAAUUAACGGAUUGCUGGAAAUAGUCUUCAACGAUUUCUUAACCGGAUUUGCCAAGAACGAAUGACACUGGCGAUCACGUAGUUAUCAACAACAAAACAAUAACCAGAAAGUAGCCCACAGUAAAACCAGCGGAGCUAAAAACAAUACCACCGGAAUCAGUAGCGCCUCCUAGUGGAGCUUACAACAAUAAUCAUUUAAAUCACAUAACAAUUUCUUUUGUUGGAUAUUUUAGUGAAAAAGUGUGACCCGGGGGAUUAAAUGCUUAAACAUUUAAGAAAAUAAUAAAGUAAAAAAAAAACUUAUUCAUUUCAGUUAACAUUUUUAACCUACAAAAUACAUAACUUGGGAACUUAAAAUGCUCUGAGGAAUAGCCAUCUUUGCUUCUGAAUAUUUAGUCACUGUUAUUAUUUUUUGUUUUGGUAUACAGGGACACUUUCAUCUACAAAAUGCUGUUUCGGGUGUAUUUUUAUGGUGGAUUAAGUUCAUUUAAUGAUUGUCGUGGACUACAUCAUAAAGUUUUGUGUUAUAUCAAUAAGUUUGCUAUAGAUCCUUUUACAACACACAUGAUCAAAUAGCCUGCGCGCAUUUAGGCAACAGAAGUGGUGUUAUUCUAAUGUGUUAGCAACUCAAAGUUGAUCAAAACAGUUUACCAGCAUCAAAAUGUCUGGUUGUUGCGUUUGGUUGCACUAAUAUAACAUAAUAAUAUACGUAUGUAUCUGGCAACUUUAUUUUUGGCCAUCUGCUAAAAUCUUCUAUCCACGCCACUAUAAUACACGGAUCUUGUAGCUGUGUUGAAAAAGUUGAUAGUGUAAACUUUUUAAAAUAACAUUGUCUGUGUUGCUUCACUGCUGAUUCUUGUCAUACUUCCGUUGCCAAGAUGCGCGUGCAUACGCUGCCACGACAUCAUUGUGUCCAAACAGUAAAAGGGUCUAUAUGAACAUAAAUUAAUGUAAAACUUUAAAUGUAAUGUAGUUUAAGAAACUAAGUGCCUAAUUUGUUUUCUUUAUACUAAUACACUUUAAAACCUUUAAGUUUGCAAUAAUUAACUGGCAGCAGCUUUACCUGUACAGUACUGUUUAGUUUACAGUUUUUACUGUAUUAAGAUUUACAGUGUAAUACUACAAAUAAAUGUGCAGUUCAUUACUGCAUUCCUGUACAUUUACAACACAACACAACAGUAAAUUACUGUACAUUAACAGUAUGUCAAUUGCAUUUAAUUUACACACUGUAAAAAUACUUUGCUGUAUUUUUAAAAUACUGUAUUUUUACAGUGCAGAGAAACACAGGUAACUGAGUUCCUGGCCAUGUAGUGUAUUUUACAGGAAUGCUGCUGUACAAUGUAAAAAAAAAAAUGCAGCAUGAUGUUAAAACAGCUUGAUUUUGCAAGCCAAUUCAACCUACUCUUUUAAGUUUUGACCUGUGAUAAGUUGACAUAACUCAAAAAAAUAGUUGUUAAGUUAAAGUAACUAAAAAUUAUAUGUUGAUUUGACAAAAAUGCAGAUUUUUUUACAGUGUAAAUCAUAUUUGCCAAACAUACGGUAACACUUUAUACUACUGUUUCAACUUAAUAGGUAGUUACAAAGGAACUAAUCUAGUUACUAAUGGUUAGUUCUGCAUUAACACUGUAGUCACUGGAUAACUAAUAAGUAAGUGUGAUUAACUAAUCAGUAAGUCAUUGCACACAUUUGUUUGGGGUAAGUAACAAAUAGUUACUUUUUUAUUAGUCAUUAUUAACUACUAAUUGGUGGUGGUUGGGGAGAUUCCCCCGUUCAUAUGUAAAGCGCUUUGAGUACUGAGAAAAGCACUAUAUAAAUGUAAGGAAUUAUUAAAAUUAUUAUUAUAUUAAAUGCCUCCUAGAGAAUUACACAUUAACCAAUACUUAUUUAAAGUAACUAUGAAUUUCCUACUUUUCACAGUCCUAGUUUGUUUUGCCUGUUUCUCCAUGUUUUUCCCAGUCAUCAUCCUCCAGACAAUCAUCCUCUAUUUCCCACAAUCAUCUUUACUCCCACACCUGAACUGUGUUUGUCCUGACAUUUAUGAGGCUCAUCACUCCAUUGCCCGUUCUCUUCUUUGCAAUGUUUAGACAUCUAUGUAACAUUCUAGUUAAGUUGGUGAAUGUUUAUUAUAUAUUCAAGUCAUUUAUUCAUUAAAAGUUAUGUUUGUUUUA